AUGGCAAGCGACGUCUCGCGUCUCCCCGGAGCUGCCAAGGACUAUAACAUCAUAACCAACGAUGUUAUACUUGAUUCCCUGCGAACAGAGGAAGACAAGAGGGAGUGGUCUCUUGAAGACUUUUCCAGCAUACGUACCCUCACGCUUUCGUACCGCAUGAUCUGUCUUAUCUCUAACCUGAGCGACUUCCGUUCGUUGACGCGCCUUAAUCUCUCAAACAAUGCGAUCGAGAAGAUCUCCGGCCUCGAUAAUCUAAUCAAUCUGGAGUCUCUGGACCUAUCUUUUAACAAGCUAACCAGCAUCGAAGGCAUUGGCCACCUCCACAGGCUCACUGAUUUGGCGCUGAACAACAACAAGAUUGGUAACAUAGAUGGUCUGACAGAGCUCAAUGCAACGAUCAGAGGUUUGACAGGGAUACCAGAGAACUACCACAAGAUUCAGCUGAUUAAUCUGAGCUCAAACAACAUCAGCAAUCUACACGCAACGAUCCUGCUGCUUAGAGAAUUCAAGGACCUCAAGGUUUUGUCUCUAGAAAACAACCCUCUUGUCAAACAGACUAACUAUCGGCUUCAUGUCAUCGCCUAUUUAAAGAGUUUGAGAUAUUUUGAUCACAAAGUUAUCCGAGAGAGUGAUAAGGCGUCAGCGCAUGAGGUCUUCAAGAUGGACCUCAUCAGCUUAGAAGAGAAAGACACCGUUGAAACGCAGGCUCGGACAAAGGCACUACAAAAGGCUCGUCAGAUCCGUAUCGACUGUGCUGCCGACGCCCUAGGCCUGGCAACUCUUGUCGACAGAGAGUUCUUAGAGACACCUGUUACUGAACGCAUAUGCGUGAUACCUGCUGUAAAGCUAGAAUGCCAUGGAAAAUUCAGGCUUGUGACGUCUGCGAUUCUCAAAGAUCUGGCUCGCCUUAUGCGCCGCCGUCGCAUCCUCAAGUUGGGGGAGCUGGCUGAGUUUGAGGAGGCGUAUGGAGUGCUUUCUGAGCAGGGGCGCUCAAAUCUGCAGCAGGCCAUUCAAGCAUACAUAUACCAGCGGGACGAUUACUUGGACCUGUGUGAGGAACAAAUAGCCAAGAAUCCAAAGAACAGUGUUCACUAUGCAACGGAGGCCCGAAAUGGGGUACAGGCUUUGCUUCCUCCCCUGCGCGUGAAGCUUCUGAAAAUAGAAUCAAGCACUACAGCGGACAUAACAGAAAUAGUUGACCAGGUAAUAGCCAACCUUACUUCGCUAGUUAACAAAACAUCUGAGCAGGCCCAGUCCGCGUUUACUAAGGUUCGCGAAAAUGUCCUCCAACUUCACGAAAGCUGUCUUAGCUUGCUCAACAAGGCGAUGGAACUGAAGCUUGCUCGAGAAGCAGGGCUAGCAGGGGGCGACAUAAGCCGCCAAGUGGACCUAGGAUCUGGAAAUAUUGCGGAUGGAGGAGACACAGCCCAGGGCGGCGGCACUGGAAUAGGAGGGAUGUUCUUCGCUCCAACCAGCCUUGCAGAUGUACAAAAUUUACUUCCGACGGACAUCACCCCCGAGGUCCAUGCGUUGCUAAAAGACAAGGGCUCUGUUAUAGGUGCCGCUGUCGCUGCCCAUGAGUCUCGCAUGUCAGCAGUGGAUCAGCGUGAAGAUAGUCUCAUUGCCUCCCAAAAGGAAUUCCUCAGUAACACAACGCGGAUCCUACAUGCAGGAGAGGCCGCAAGAAACAGACAGCAUGUGCUCGAUAUAAACGAGUUUGUUCAAACAGAAGAACAAUGGAUUGUGGAAUGGUAUAACAAGCAAGUGGCUGCCAAGAAAUGA